UCACACACAUCGACAGACAGCAGAUGGCCUGGACACUUUAAAACAUCCAUCAGCUCUAAGCUAACCCUGAUUUAAAACAACAGCAGAGACUUUUCUUUCAGCAUUUGCUGUAAGGAUUUUGGAGUGGAAAGGAAAAGUAGAUUUGGCUGCAGUGAAGUGAAGUGGUCAUUUACUACACUUUCCAUACUGCAUAAAUGGCAUCACCACCAACACCAAGCAGAAGCUCUUCCUUGGAGUCUGAGACUGACCAUUCACUCAGUAUCAGUCCAGGAGUUGCUGGAAUGUCAGAUACAGACAAUUAUGUCCAACCAGAAACCUACUUCCAGCCAAUUCAGGAGCAUGCCACUCUGAAUAGUGAAUAUGCUGCAAUAAUAAGUGGUUCCCCUUCCACUAUUGACCUUCCAGAUCCAAUACCAACCCAAGUAUCACCUGAUGGAACAGAGCUGAUUGUCUCCAAUGAUGCUUCUCCACAGUUUCUGUCUCUACAGACAAGCUCACCAGAUCCCUCCUGCCUCCCAUUAACACAUGACAUCACUACUUCGUGUGAUCUUACCACAGAAAACCAAUGGUCUGAACCCAUUGGUCUUGGUACUCUUGUUUCAACUCCAUCUCCACCUUGCUCAUUACUUUCACCAACUAUUUCCGUCCCUAAAACAUCAUCUCCCCAAAUUGUCCCACUAACACAAGAUGUGGACCCAUUUUCAUGUAGUCCUGAAACUCAAGUUCAGCUAAACCAGGGUGCAGAGCUUGCAUCAUCUCCAUGUUUAGACCACAUGUCUAAGGAUUCUGAGGUAACUUCUAGUCUCCCCUAUCAAGAAAGUGCUAAAUCAGAACUGGCUGGUGGAUCUUCAGAAGUUUCAGAACAUGCAAGCAGCUUGGAUUGUUAUACAAGUGAUAUGAAUAUACUUGGAAUGGAUACUAAACAGGACAACAUGAAUAUGAAUAGUAUCUCAGAUGAGAAACUUAUUCCAGACAGUGAUGUUCUUGAAACCAGUAUCAUUUCUAAUUCAUCUACAUUUAUUGAUGAAAACAAUGAUAGCAUCAACCCAGAGGUUUCUGUAGAGAACAGUGUCAUCAAUAUAGGUGGCAGGCAACCUAUCGAACAUUGGAUACAUUCAUCUGAUUUGUCAUCCCUUGAAAAGCCAUCAAUCUCUGAGAAGCUUCUACCAAUCACUGAUGUGGUCGAGAACAUCCAGUCUGAAUCGCCUGACCUAAAGACCCUUAUGCUUCCAACUGUACCCAAAGCUAAAACACAAUGCUCAGCUGACUCCAUGCCUGUUUUAUACCUUCAAGUGACAAAAGCUGUGCAGGAAGAGGCUCAGAGAGAAACAGACACUAACCUGUCCCAACCACCAACAGUCUCCUCAACGUCAACCCGAAAUAAAGUUAGAUUCAGUCCUUCAGAACUUACAGAACAUACAGCUCGUACAGUGUUGGGCACCAUUCCAAAUGAUGGCCUUCUAAAUUGCCACAGAGAUCCUGGAAGCCAUGAAGAUCCAAGCAAACAAUUAAGGAACCCACCUGUGGUUGGAGAUAGAAUAACAACAGACCAAAAGGAGAACUCAAAAAAAGCUUCACCUUUUCCAACAAAGAGUCGUCAGCCUAUAUCUCCUGAUAUUCAGCAAACACAGCCAACACACUGGACAUCUCAGGCAAUGUCUGAAGCAAACUACCACGGCUACUACAGAUCUGUCUUUCCAGAUUAUGGUUACACUGAUCCUCCACACACAGACAAGUAUUCUUUACAUUAUUUCAGGGCACAACAUGCGAAGAUGGAUCUAAAAAGUUGCAAGCCACAAAUGGAAUUUGAUGCCCAGUGUUUUGAAAAGAACAAUCAAAACGGACAGCCCAAUCUGGAACAACUUGAGCCGUUCAGUGCAGAACAUGUCAACAACUCAAAUCAGAAAACCUUAUGGUCCAGAGAGAGGUCUGUCAAGGCUGACCAAGCUAAAACAACUCCAUACUCGUCAGAAAACUACACAAAUUACUAUAAAUAUGGAGGAUGGAAUCCUCAAGGACACUAUUCCAAUGCGUACUACCAAGGCUACUAUUAUCCUUAUAACUAUGGAUACCAAUCAGAGUUCUCCAAAAGCAACAGUCAACAAUACAACACAAAUCCUGACCACUAUGAUGACUGGUGGAGAUAUGACCCUCGCUAUGACGCAACCUUUGACCGUGAUUAUUACUCCCAGUACCAGCAGUCUUACUGGGAUCAGGGUGAUCGGCAAAGCAGCCACAGUGGUUACUCUACCAGGAGCAUGUCUAGCAUGAACAGCCAUCAUAGCCGUUUCAGCUGGCACUCAGAACAGAGCUGGGGAUACCCAAACCAUAUGGGCGGCUAUCCACCAUAUGAAGUUACUGUUCAGUCUCCAGCUCUUUCUAAAGACCAUCGUCAAUUACAGAAGCAAACCAGCACUGAGGACUUCAAUGCUUCAUGCUCUUCAGAAAGUCCUUCUGUCCCGGAGCAGUUCUCCUGCCCUCACUGCUGUGCUCGGUUUGGACCUGCUGGACAGCUGGUUCAGGUGCUCCCAAACCUUCCAUCUGAGGGCAAGCCAGCACUGGUUCAGAUCCACAGCACUGAGGUGAUGCUGCAGGACUCCCGGGAUCAAAUCCAACUCCAAACCUUCCCAGGACCUCUCAUAAAAGAUAGGACCCACAAGUCAGAGGUGCUGGAAUUCAUCAGAAAGAAGCAUCAGGAAUGUCUACAGAGUGACACUCUGGCAGAUAAAGAAACAUCCUGCCUUAUAUGGGAGAUGAUGGAGUUAGUUUGCAAACAAAAUGGUAAACUGGUGGGAACUGAUAUAUCUCACCUCUUGCUACGAAAUCAGAGACAACCAUCCUCACCCAAGAAAGCUUCUUCUGAUCUCAUUGAUUUUAUAAAUGAAGCCCUCAGUGGAACACUGGGAGAUACAUCCACAGAUGCAGAGUCAGUCACUGAAGAAGAUCCAUUUUGGACAACAUCUAAAGAUACUGAAAAAGCUGUACAGCACUUCAGGGAGUUAUUAAUACUGGGCCAGAAAAAGGAUGCUCUUCAGACAGCAGUAAGCAAAGGCUUGUGGGGACACGCUUUCAUGCUUGCCAGUAAAAUGGACAACAGGGCUUAUUCUCAAGUAAUGAGCCAGUUUAUUGAUAAUUUGCCAGAGAGUGAUCCACUGCGGAGCUUUUAUCAGCUCAUGUCUGGAAAGAUACCUUCAUCUGCAGCUCACUGUGGAGAUAAGGAGUGGGGGGACUGGCGCACACACCUGGCCAUGGUUUUAUCAAACCACACACGCUUCAAACACCUGCACAAGAAAACCAUAUCCAGAAUGGGAGAUGCGUUAGCUUCUGCAGGACGAUCUGAUGCUGCUAGCUUCUGUUACAUGGUGGUUCAACUAGAUGUGGACACGCAGAGUAACAAGUCAGGCCUAUUUGUUCUUGGGGCCAAUUCCAGUUUACCUCCUCCGAAGUAUGUCACCAAUGAAGCAAUCCAGCGUACUGAAGUGUUUGAAUAUGCUCUGUCUCUUGGUUCAGAUUCAGCAUAUCUACCAGAAUUCCAGAUCUUCAAGUUUAUCUAUGCUUGCCGGUUAGCUGAAGCUGGGCUCUGUGCUCAGGCAUUUCAGUACUGUGAAGUGAUCUCCAAAGCACUGCUAACCUCUGGUUUAGACCAGUCUCUGACAUUAAUAAGCCAGCUAAUUGAGCUAUCUGCAAAAAUAAGGCACUUCGACCAACAAAUGAAAGACACCACAGAACUUGACUCAUCACUAGAACCAGAAUGGAUGGUCAACCUUCGGGAUCUUCAAUGCCAGAUUAUUGAGAAACUGAACUCACCCAGCAUUGAAAAGCAGCAGGACACAAACCUUGUUCCUACAUUGACAACAGACUCCCAAGCACCACAAGACAUUAUUGAGAAUAGAGCAAAAGCCAUACUUCCCAGAUCAAGCCAAGUUCUUGAUGCAGGUUCUCUUGAAUCUGACAACAAGGCUGUUUCACUGUCUUCAAUUUCUCCAAUUCCCCAAAAGUCCUCUUACCCUACAAAGCUACUGGUACAAGAUCCAGUUCCAGCGGUAGAGACACAAGGACAUUCUGAGCCUCACCAUCAUAAUUUGCUGUCCACUGCUGGGAUGCUACCUGAAAAUGUAGGCUAUUUAUCAGUAGAUCAGUCCAGGGAAGCCAAAGAGUCAACAUCCACUCUGGCUACACCAUUGCUUGCACCACCAACAGUGCAGCAACUGUUUCCUGUCAUUACUGAGUCUACCAUAGCGCAGUCCCAACACACAGACCUUCAGUCUCAAUACACAGACCUUCAAUCACAGCCUGCCAACACUAUUCCUAGUCCAAAGUCUACAGAGUUUGCAAUGGAGUCAAGUGCAUUGCCUUAUAUGUCAUCACCUUCUUUUGUGUCAAUGGCAUCAGAAUCAGAGUCAGUUCCACGUUUUGUUGUUGACUCCAACGAGUCCUAUCCAUUACCUUCUACCAUGUUACCUUUUCCCACAUCAAAAUCAGUGCCUCAGUUACUUGCUUCAAACAAAGAUGCUCACGAAUUACCUUCUACAACAUUAUCUUCUACCAUAAUAUUGGCAAAAGAAUUAGAGCCUGUGGCUCAGUUAACUGAUUCGCCCAUGGAACCUCAUGUAUUGCCUUCUACAACAUUACUAUCUAACUUGUCUUUGACAAAAUCAGAGUCAGUGCCUCAGUUAACAGUCCCUUUGCCUUUUCCCACAAACAUUGACCAGAUCAAGGGUCAACCCGAUCAAAAGCAGCAGCCAGUCUCUCAAUCAAAUGCAUUUAUGUCUUCUCCUCAAAUGUCUUCUGCCAAUAAUCCUUUGGCCACAGAGCAGAGCCUGUAUUCUGACAAGGUACAACCAGUGCCUUCCGUCCCAACAACCAUGCAGGUUCCUCAACCAUCAUACCCGUCUGUAUCUACUGGAAUGUCUCCACCAACGUAUCUCAUGGGGCCACAAACAGUGCCCCUUCUUACUGUGCCUUUACCCACAUCCCAUAAUUUACCUCCACAUGUAGCACAGACGGAGUUCAGGCCUCCCCAGACUAUGAGCCUGCCAGAAGACCCAAUGCCUCAGUGUCCCAAUGGACAGAAACCUCCUUCACUCCCCCACAGUGCCAAUCCCUAUGCCAUGGGAGAUAAAAUGCUUUCCUCAAAGCAGAUGCACAUGUUAUCCAAACCCUUGAUUCCAAGGCUGUUUGUACCCCAGAGUCCACCUCCAGAUCCCCAGCCCAAAAAGCAGGAAACUGGAGGGGGGUGGUUCAGCUGGCUUUUUGGCAAAAAGAAGGAAGUUGAUUUACCUGUAGAUACGGGAAAAUCACUUGUUUGGGAGGACAGCCUUCAAAGAUGGGUGGAUCCAUAUGAGAAAAAGGAAAAGAUUCAGUUUGGUGCAGGUUCUAAAGAUUUUGAUGUUCCACACACAAAGGGGCUGUUGGAUGCAAAGCCUGUUUUAAGUCCAGGGCCUAAGAGAGGAUAUAUGGCACCACUUAACCCAGUCUUAAUGGGCAACAGCCCAGGUACUCAACAUUAUGCCUCAUCGGACAGAAGCAGCACUGAGACACAAAUAGUCAAGCCACCCAACACACUUCUAACAGAUCCAGGUAAAGGAACGGGACACCUGAGGUGGACUCCGAACUCCCAGCCUGUUUCAUAUUCUCAAACAACUCAGAAUUUGAGUCAGAAUCAAAAAUUGCUGGAAACUGCUGGAAAUGUUCCAUUGUAUAACCCGUCCCACUUCUGUCAGGAUAUUCUAUGAAUCCAGGAUAAAAUGUGAAGCUGAAGUGUUGCUGGUUGUGAUCAGGAUCCAGAGGAAGCAAAUAAUUAAAUUUAGACACAUGGAGACUGAUCACCUGUUAAAUUGUGUUGCACCAUUAAAGUUUGCUUGUUUUCUUUAACAUAUUACUUGUAUUAAAAUGUAUGAUAAUAAAACCUCA